AUGGCUUAUAAAAGCAGUUCUGCAAACUGUUAAUUACAGUUUGCAGAACAACUUGCUUUCUAAGAAGGAAAUACUACUCUUGUUUCUGUCUCCUCAACAGUGAUCAUAUCAAAGUUUUGAGAGCGAGCUGAGCAGAAACAAAACUUCACAUGCCUCCCUGGUCCACAUAUGACUCAUGAGGUCUAAGUGGGUGAGAAGAGUCUACUGAAGUCUCCUCUGCCGCUCUGUGUUCGUGUUGCUGAGCUGUCAGGUUGACCUCUUUACAGGCUGCCACAACAAAGCAUCUUCGCAAAGCUGCGAUGACGCCAAACACUGGCAGAUGAGACAUGAAGCGGAAACCGUCACAAACAAUUAUCUAUUUUUCUUCCUCUCGUCUGUCGUUUUCAUCCCAUCCAUCCUGUCGGGGCUGCUGGGGUGGUUCGGUAUAUUUAGACACGUCCCACCGUCUCCGCUCACAGCUGCGCGCAACAGCCCCUGUAGUUUCUGGAUUACUGGAAAGCAGAGGGGAUGAGACUGCCGGAGAAAACCCCCCAGUUGACUCCUUAUCUAAUGCUGCAGGGGCUUCAAGAGGAAAUGCGCUCCCAAGUCCACCAUAGACCGAGGGAAAUAUCGCUGACAAACACCAGCCUGUGGGUGUAUGUGGCGAUGGAAAGUCCGAACUUUACGCACGGAUCCGUCCCCGUUAACGAGACGCCGCCUCUGAAUUCAGCGUCCAGGGAGAGAGCGAUCGCUCUGCCUGUUUUAAUGUUUGCAGGAGGCGCCAUAGGGAAUUUAAUAGCAAUAAUCGUCCUGUCGGUGUCGAAGCAGGAGAGAAAAUCUUCAGCUUUCUACACGCUGGUGUGCGGUCUGGCGGUGACGGACCUGCUGGGCACGUGCCUGGCCAGCCCGCUCACCAUCGCCAACUACCUGGUCGAGCGCGUGCUCACAAACCAACACGUCUGCGAGUUUCAGUCCUUUUUGUUGCUGUUUUUCGGUUUAACGGGACUGAGCAUCAUAUGUGCCAUGGCGGCAGAGCGCUACCUGGCGAUAUGCUGCCCCUACACCUACCAGAGGUGGGGGGUGGACAGACGCUUUGCGCAGAAGUUCCUUCUCUUCAUUUACAUCAGUAACAUUUUCUUCUGCUGCCUGCCGAUGAUGGGCAUGGCGAGGAGCCGGCUGCAGUCGUCCGGCACUUGGUGCUUUAUCGCGUGGAGGGCGAACGAGACGGUGGCCACCGCUUACUCCGUCCUGUACGGCGGCGUCAGCGUGUUGCUCAUCCUGGGGACCAUCAUGCUGAACCUGGCGGUGUGCGGGGCGCUGCUGCUGAUGCGGCAGAGGACCGUGCGGCGGCCCGUCACCAGAGCCAGCGUCCGGGAGAGGUGGAGGGCUCUGUCCUCGGCCGCAGAGACGCAGAUGAUGGCGGUGCUGGUGCUAACCUCCGCCGUGGUUCUGGCCUGUUCAGCCCCGCUGGUGGUCUGUGUGUUUGCCAACUACUUCAUGCUGGAAAAUGACUCAAAAGCUGACCUGACUGCCAUCAGGAUAGCAGCUGUUAACCCCAUCCUCGACCCCUGGAUCUACAUCCUCCUCAGGAGGUCUCUGUUUCGACGCUUACUCAGUUUAUCCAGACGAGUCAGCAGCACCCGCAGCAGUUCCUCCUCUACACCACAAAGGAAUCUGUUUUAUCCUGAUAUCAAGAGGGACAGCCACGUGUUCACCCAGCUCAUGUGCAGCACAAACAUCAUCACUCAGAUGCCUGCCACUGUCAAAUUCACUCCAUGUGACACAGAGAGCCUCCACCAGACUUAAAACACUGCAGACUGAGGCCAUGUUAGACAUCUGUGAAUGUUUGCUGCUUUGACGCAGCGCCGCACACUCUGAUUCAGAGCUGUCACCUGUGAGAUGGAGACACGGCGACAGCUGGGCUGAGCCCUCAGAGCUCCUCUAGGAUUAUUUAUUAAAUAAAAGUGGAGGCCUGCUCUGACUUCAUGUACGGAGACACCUCCUGCAGAGACACAGGGCUGAGGAGGAAAAAACUGUGCGACUUGGACGUUACUGCAAGAGUUCAACAAAAAAAGACCUGACUGAGCCUUUAUAUUUAAAAUCUGACUGUUGUUUACGCUCUCCUUGUCCAAUCAGUGCUCUGGCCUCCUCUUUACCACCACAUCCGUAUAAAGCUGCACUUUCCCUCAUUCUUCCCCCCUCCACCUGAUCAGUCUGUCCUCCAGUGUAUGUGAAUGAAUCAGCUGGAUGCUACAGAAAUAUUAUAACUCACAGCCCCUGCAGGUUGAUCCAUAGCUCAUCUCUUCUGGAGGUAGUUGUCAGAAGUUGUCAGACUCUUUGGAGAUCCAGUCAUGUGUUCAUACGGCAGAGUAUUUACACCCUAAGAGUUUUAACUCGAUCACCGAUCACAGCUGUUUUUAAUGAGACUUUGACUAUGAGACUGUGACUUUGGGAUAUUUUUUUCAUCAGGAGAGACAUUUGAAACACUGAUAUGAGCUUAGUAAAGUACUGACUGUAUGCUGCUGAUGUCUGUUUUUAUUAAAGAUUCUUGUUUGCACUAAAAA